AUGAUCCCAAAUUUAAAAAGAGGUCUCAUUGAAUCAUUGCAAACAGUUUUGCGUGAAAAUAAUCACCUCAUACAGAGCUUUAGAUCUAAUCUGGAGUCGAGGUCGUUUGAUGAGUUGCAAAACUUUAAGUUAAUUAUUCAUGCCGACAGAGUUCCUCAAGAUGAACACAGAGGUCAAUAUAAUGCACCUACCAUCGAUGAAGUAGCUGUAUUAUUAGUUAAUGAAGAUAAAGGUCCCAGAGAUAUAGUUCUGCAUGGUCGGAGUGGACACUUGAGUCGAGUUUCCGAAUUGAAUAGAUCUUAUGAUGCACUGCAAUAUCCAUUGAUGUAUACUAGAGGCGAAGACGGUUAUCACAUUAAUAUAUUACAGGAAAAUAACCAAAAUCGAACCAAAACUGUAUCCUGCAUGCAAUUUUAUUCUUAUAGGUUUAUGGUUAGAGAAACAAGUCUAAAUCAUCUACAUUAUUACAAAACAUUAUUCAGCCAAUUCGCCGUAGAUAUGAUGGCAAAAAUGAUUUCUGAAAGACUACACUUUAUUCGUAACCAUCAAAAACAACUACGUGCGGAUGAUUAUGUUCACCUCCGAGAUGCUGUUAACAAUGAUGCAAAUAUUAAUGCUAAUAACGUGGGUGUUGAAUGGCAAAAACGAGGUUUGCCACACUGCCACAUUCUUUUGUGGUUACAAACGAAAAUACAGCCAGAUGAAAUUGAUAAAAUUAUUUCUGCCGAGAUACCAAACAAAGACAGAGAUCCUAUACUUUAUGAAAUAGUAUGCAAGAAUAUGAUUCAUGGCCCAUGCGGCGAGUUAAAUAUUAGAUCGCCAUGUAUGAAUAAUGGAAAAUGUAGUAAGAAAUACCCUCACAAAUCGGUCAAGGAUACUCAAACUGGAGAUGAUGGUUAUCCGACUUACCGACGGAGAUCACCAGAUGAUGGAGGUUAUACUGCAAUAUUAAAAGUUCGUGGUCAAACAGAAAUCGUGGUUGACAACCGUUGGGUUGUACCGUAUUGUCCAGUGCUAUCUAGGUGCUUUAAUGCGCAUAUUAACGUAGAAUACUGUCAUUCGGUUAAAGCGAUAAAAUACAUAUGUAAAUAUAUUAAUAAAGGAUCAGAUAGAGCUACUUUUUCUGUUAAUCGUGAAAACGAUGAGAUUACAAAUUAUUUGAAUGGUCGAUAUAUAUGUACUUCUGAAGCGUUUUGGAGAAUUUUCAAUUUUGAUAUCCAUGAUAGAGAUCUGACAGUUCAGCACUUGGCUGUUCAUAUAGAAAAUGGACAGCGUGUUUUCUUUAAUGCUAAUAAUCUUCAUCAAGUUAUUGAAAAUCCAAGAAAAACGACACUAACUGCAUUUUUUGAACUGUGUUCACAUGAUGAUUUUGCAAAAACACUGUUCUAUCAUGAAGUUCCUUCUUAUUACACCUGGGGUAAUAGCAGAGGCUGGUUAAAGAGAAGACGGGGAAAAGAUGUUCCAGGUUGGCCAGGAAUAAAAAUGGACACUGCCAUUGGUAGAAUUUACACGAUUCACCCAAAUCAAAGUGAGUGCUACCAUUUAAGAUUGUUACUAAAUUAUGUACAAGGUCCUACUUCAUUUGAAAGCUUGAAGGCCUUUGAUGGAGUCAUUCACGCGACUUUUAAAGCUACCUGUUUUGCUCUUGGGCUUUUAGAAAAUGACGAGCAAUGGAAAAAUACUCUAGCGGAGGCAACUCUUUCAGAAAGUCCUUCAAAAUUAAGAGAAUUAUUCGCAAUAAUCAUAGUUUUCUGCCAACCGCCUGAACCUCAAUCUUUGUGGGAAAAGUUCAGAAAUGAUUUUUGUGAAGAUAUUCUUCAUACAGAGCGCACUCGAUUAAAUGACUUGCAAUUUACUUUUUCUGAUGAAAUAUUUAAUAGAGGUUUGAUUGAAAUAGAAGAUAAAGUUGUUUGUCCAUCUGAAAAAUAUUUAACUGAAUUUGGAAUGAACUCACCUGUUCGAAAUGAAAAUGCAUCUGAUCCUUUUGAAUUCUCAAUUUUGCGUUCUUACGAUAAUAACCGAUUACAAGAAUUUAAAGCAUCCUCAGGUAAAGUUGCAUUAGCAGUAGCUUCAUCUGGUAUGGCAGCAACUCUCCUUAGUAGCGGCAGAACUGCUCACUCGACUUUCAAGUUACCGUUAAAUGUAUUAUUUGAUACAGAAUACGUUUGUCCGAUUCGUAAAAAUGGCCCUCUUGGAAAAAUUCUUCAAGAAACCGCAUUCGUUGUGUGGGAUGAGUGUACAAUGAGUCACAGAUCACAUAUCGAAGCAAUUGAUCGAACAUUAAAAGAUCUUAGGUGUAAUAAUAAGUUUAUGGGUGGCAUAACAUUUGUUUUCGCUGGUGAUUUCCGUCAAACCUUACCAGUAAUCCCUAAAGGUACUCGAGCUGAUGUCGUUAAUGCUUGCUUAAAAUCUUCCCCUAUAUGGAACUAUGUUGAAAAACUUUAUUUGCGAACAAACAUGAGAGUUUAUUUAUGCGGAGGGGACGAUAUUUUUCCAGCACAGUUGUUGAAAAUUGGAAAUGGAACUUUAGAAAAUGAAAAUGGUUACAUUUCUGUCAAUCACACGAUUGGACGGGUGGUCAAUAACGUGGAAGAGUUGAUUUCUACAGUUUAUCCUGACAUUUUUAAUCUGUCCAAUAAAUCUUAUCAAUGGUUAUGUGAAAGAGCUAUUAUCUCUCCAAGAAAUGUAACAGCAGAAGAAAUUAAUGAUAUCAUCCUUCUAAAAUUCGAUGGACACUCACGUGAAACUCACGCCAGAUGA